AUGGACUCUUCGUUGAAGGCGGACGUAAAGGAGUACAUCCCAUCGUGGGCUCGGAAGUCGGCUCCCGUGCCACCUCCCGCCGCUGCCACCGCCGCUUCACAGCCGCGCAAGACUGGCUUCACGACAUCGAUGACAUCAACCAAUGUUGUGNCCUCCCGCCGCUGCCACCGCCGCUUCACAGCCGCGCAAGACUGGCUUCACGACAUCGAUGACAUCAACCAAUGUUGUGACCGCACAUAG